AUGAAACUUGACCUGGGGCAUGACCAGCUUCAGAAAUACAAACCCCUGCUUCACAAGCAGCUCAAAGUCAGCACUGCCGUGGGUGAUCCAAAUGCCCCUGGUCAACAAAAUGAAUCCCUCGCUUGGUUCUGGUCUAUCGAGAUCGACAUGGGGGGUCCAGAUAAAUCGUGGAAUGAGGAAUUUCACUGGCUCCAGGCAAAGGCACUAUGGGAUCAAUGGAAGGAAGAACUGAUAUUGGUCCAAUUUGAGACAGAUUGGACAUGUAACUUUUUCUUGUGGAAAGCAACCCAAUGGGGCAACUGGAUGCAGGAAUCAUUCAUGAAACACCUUCCAGGUCAUGCAUGCUACUCCAGAAGGCAAUCCCAAAUUUAUUCAUUGCUGGUGCAGAAUGCCCAGGCAGCAUUUCAACACCUGCAGACCAUGUUGAUAGAUUCCAGAGAUGAAUGA